AUGGUCCUCGUAGUGAGCGGCGGCAUGUUGGUCGAUGGCGCGGCACCGGGCGGCGCGACGGCGGGAGACGGUGGCACGACGGCGAACGGCGUUGCAGGCGGCGCGGUGAUGGUGAACACUGGCGCGGUGGCGAGCGUCGUUGCAGGUGGUCCGGUGACCGGUGGCGAUGGUGUAGACGGCGCCGCCGGCGAUGGUGGUGUGGCAGUUGCAGGCGGCGCCUGUGAGGAUAUGGCAGCGGGUAAAGUGGGAUGUCGGGCGAACGGUGAGGGGGGUGAAAGAGGCGUUGAAAUGUACGGUGGCACGACGGUGAACGGCGUUGCAAGCGGCGCGGUGGUGGCAAACGGUGGCACGGCUGCGAGCGGCGUUGCACGUGGCGCGGUGGUGCUGUGCGGUGGCGUUGCAGGCGGCGCGGUGGUGGUGUACGGUGGCGUCGCUGGCGGCGCGGUGACCGUUGGCGAUGGUGUGGCUGCGGUAGACGGCGCCGCCGGCGAUGGUGGUGUGGAAGUUGCCGGCGGCGCCUGCGAGGAUAUGGCAGCGGGGUACGGUCCGACUUCGAGCUUCCCGUCCAUCGGUACUGCCGCUUCGGCUUCGAGCAUCCCGUCCACCACUUUCGGUGUAGUACCUCAGAGUGAUAUUUUCCCGUCUAUCGAUGUUGAUGUAGUGCCUACGUCGAUCCGAGAUUUUCAGCCUGUCCUAGCCGCAGCCAUCGCCUCAUCCGACGUCCUGUCUCCCUCAGUCGUGAACCCGAAUGUGUCGCGAGAGAUAGAGAUCAUGCCCCUUGAGUCCCAGGAUAAUUUGCCUUUGAUGGACAUGAGUAUGUUCUUGGAUGUAGGCUUGAUGACCGGACAAGACUCGGUCCCACCGGGUGACUUUUAUCCCGACCCAUUAGGCGUGUGUGAGUCCGUGAAGCCCCCCGUUGCGUUCGCUGUGAUGCAAGAUGAGUUGGACGCGCUCAAAAACUUCGUUGCCGAGUGCCGUGUGAAGCAAGAUGUAGGUCCCCCCUCCCUUUCCCAUGCUUUGGCGAUUAUCGCCCCCGGUGGUCCAGCGUUCACUGUAGGAAAACCCACGUCCACCAUCGACAUUAAUUUGUUCCACGCUUCCACCGGCCACGUGAAUGAAUUUUUGAUGCGGGAAACCGCCAAGCAGCAGGGUGUUCAAUUGGUGGGGGAACUGCAGCCAUGCGUCGGCUGCAUCGAGGCGAAGGGCAGGAGGGCCCCGGUGCCGCGGCGUGGAGUCACCCGCGCGGCGGUACCGUUCGGCAAGGUGCACAUCGACAUCACCGGCCCGUACUCUGAGGCGUUCGAUGGUUCCCGUUACCUGAUUAUGUUCGUGGACAGUGCGUCGCGGUGGCAACGGGCGUACGGCAUGCGGGCCAAGAGCGACACCCUGACGUACACGCGGCGUUUCCUCGCCGACCUGAACGGCAACGGCCCUCUGGGGUGUUUCCGCAUGGACAACGCGGGGGAGUUCACGAGUGCUGCCUUCGUCGCGUUCUGCGACGCCGCUGGCAUCCGGCGCGAGUACACCGCGCCCGACACCCCGAAGCAGAAUGCGGUCGUGGAAAGCGCCAUCUGGCGAGC